CAACGAUUCAGUCUGAGUCUGAGACUAAACUGACCUUCAUUUCAUUUCAGCCUUUACACAGCGUCCAAGUUCAUCAUGUUUGUGCGGCUCUUUCUCGUCAUUCUCUCUGUUGCUGUUUUGACUAGAGCAGCUACUGUUACAGGCAACCGAAAAUCAAUGGAGGCUGUUUGUGAUUCAUAUCUCUAUCCAAUGUGCCCACGCGAUUAUAGCCCUGUAUGUGGCUCUGAUGGGAAGACCUAUGCAAACGAGUGUAUGUUCUGCUUAGACGCUAUGGCAUAUAAUCUCAACACUUACAUAGUCAGAAAAGGGGAAUGUUGAAACACGCCACCACACCGACUGCGUUGAAAUGUUCAGCGUGUUUAAGUUGGAGUUAUUAUACAUGACCUGAUUAUAAUCUGUUUGAAGACAAUCUUUAAUGUUGAAUGUCUCUCUUUUUUUUAACUGUUUUAGAUUCAUAAUUUUUCAUAUGUGAUUUAAGUUUCACUUCUUAAUUCUGCAUUAAAAUAAAUAUUUCUGCAGGA